AUGCUCUGCAAUUACAGCUCCAAAGCAUUUUCCACAAACGCCGACUUUCACGCUCUUCUCGACGCUGCAGAGCACAUCAAAUACAAACAACAUCAUCGCUCUGCAGGAGACCAAGUUCAGGAAGAAAGACGUGCGAUGGUGAGUGAUGUGCCCCUCAUCAUUCAUGGUGAAAAGGUACCGUCACGGAACAUUGGAGGCGUUGGCUUUGUGACCACCCAUCAAUCGCUCGUCUUGUCGAUUCGCAUGAGAACCCAUCACCGACUAGCUAUCCCACGACUACGUCCUCCACGUCUAAAGACCACCAUUAUCGUCAACUGCAACUCUUCGACAUACCAGCCAAUAAUUAGAGCUAGAUGCUUUCCACGAAGAUGUGGGCGAGAUUUACAUUUGCUGUGGGCGACUUCAAGCGAUAAUCUGGAUGCCACUAAGAAAGGAACAUGCGAUUAA